AUGGCAGAAGAAACUCCUAAAAGCCAAACCCCAACAAAAUCUCCAUCUGAGUUGAUGGCUAGUGCCAGGGUUCAGGUAUCCGGAGCUGCUACAGAUGUUAUAAAUGCUGCCAAGAGCUAUGGGAAGCCCGACGGAGAGAGCGAUGUUGGACAUUAUGUUGGCAAAGCUGAGGAUUACCUCCACCAGCUGCACUCCCCCUCUGAUCAGGGUGCUGAAAAGAAGGCCGAGGCUGUUGUAGCAGCAGCCGAGGGUGGUGAAAAGAAGGCCGAGGCUGUUGUAGCAGAAGCCGAGGGUGGUGAAAAGAAGGCCGAGUCUGUUGUAGCAGCAGCCGAGGGUGGUCAAAAGAACGCCGAGUCUGUUGUAGCAGCGGCCGAGGGUGGUCAAAGGAAGGCCGAGUCUGUUGUAGCAGCCGAGGAGGGUGAAAAGAAGGCUGAGUCUGCUGCUGCGGAAGGUGAUGAAAACAAGGUUGAGUCUACUGGUGGUGUUGGAGGUUUGAUAAAUAAGGCUAAAGGAUUAUUCAAGUGA